CAGACCAUGAAAAGCACAACCUGACCAACAAGAAGGAACAGGGCCACCUUUAUUUUUAAGAUCAGAAACAUCAUAUUUAAUCUAUAUUUGAAGUUAUCUAUGCAGUUCAUGCUGUUGUUCAGCCGGCAGGGGAAGCUGAGGCUGCAGAAGUGGUACGUCCCUCUAUGUGAGAAGGAGAAGAAGAAGAUCACCCGCGAGCUGGUGCAGACGGUCCUGGCUCGGAAACCCAAAAUGUGCAGCUUCCUGGAGUGGAGGGACCUGAAGGUCGUCUACAAGAGGUAUGCCAGUCUGUACUUCUGCUGUGCGAUCGAGCCUCCGGACAACGAGCUCAUCACGCUGGAGAUCAUCCACAGAUACGUGGAGCUGCUGGACAAAUACUUUGGCAGUGUUUGUGAGCUGGACAUUAUUUUUAACUUUGAGAAGGCAUACUUCAUCCUGGAUGAGUUCUUGCUGGGCGGAGAAGCUCAGGAGACGUCCAAAAAGAAUGUGCUGAAGGCCAUCGAGCAGGCGGACCUGCUGCAGGAGAACAUAGACUUUCAGAUGCGCCUGUUUGCAGCCCCGUCAUGAGUACUUUGCUGUGCCUGUGUACUGAAGGCUGCCUCCACCCUCCACCCUGCAUGCUGCAACCUAUACCCUACAUUAUGCACCUCCACCAUGCAUGCUGCAGCCUCCACCCUGCAAGAUGCAGCCUUCACCCUGCAUGAUGCAACCUGCACCCUACACGCAUGCAGCAGCCUCCACCAUGCAUGCUGAGUGUUUCGCCCCCUGAUCACCACCCUUUGUUCAUCACAUGAUAUUACUUCAUAUGAAAUUGCCUGUGGCUAACGUAGAAUCCUGCAGGUACAUGACUCCAGAGAGGACUAACCAUUUGAGCGAGUGACACAAGGAUAAAUAUGAUGACAGUAAUAAUAUUAGAGAAGCUUUAUCUAACCACACAGACAUGAUCUACAGAAAGCUGAUUCAUGAAUAAAGCUCCACCUUCCUCCGUACAGAUUUAAUGACUUGUUUUAUGACUUCUAUUUUGUUGCAGUCGUUUUAAUUUGAAAGAAAAUGAUUUCACACACAUGACAUCUGAAUACUGCCUCAGCUUCACAUUGAACUGUUCUUCAACACCAGUCAGUUUUAUAUUUCAUACAUUUAAUGGUUUUCUGUGGACUUUAGAGGGAACACGAAUGCUGUUGUUGUUUACUGUCCUGUGUUUGAAGAGCAGUUUAUCUGAUUUCUGUCUUUUUGUUUUCAGGCUGUUUCCUUGUGAUAGUUGAUGAAAUCUUCAUUCUGUUCAGCAGAGACAGUAGUGCACCGUGUGUCACACCAAACACGUCCCUCCUUCCUUCCUUUAUUUCUUUUCCUUUAUGUAUUUUGGUUUAUCAGGGCUUCCAUACUUCCUUCAUUUGUGUAAUAAAAAAAAACGAGUUCAUCUUUUAGUCUUUUAUUUAGUAUUUGAAUUGUAAAUGUGUGUUUAUAUUUUCACUUCAAAUGUCUUUACAUUCAAUGAUCUGUUCCUGCUUUGAUUUUCUACACUUUUUAAAUCGGAGCAAAUCCAAGUUUCUUUGAGUGUUAGGAAAAGCGCUGUACAAAUCUGAAGUAUUAUUAUUAGACUGCAGCGACCGCCAGAGAUCUGAGGGGUAUUCACCUUUUUAAAUAUGAAUAAGCCCUGAUUAGCUCAGUUGCGUUAAUUAAAUGUUUCUUUGUAAUUGUGUUUAUAAUUAUUUGUAUUAUUCUUAUUAUGAUCGACA